AUGGGGAAUUGUAUGAUGAAGACAUUGGGAUCAAGGCCGCAUCUGGAAGAAGAAGAAGAAGAGAUUGGUGAAGCAGCUUCAACUGAUUAUAAGAAGGAAAAUGAAGGGAAGAAAAGCAGCAUAAAGGUGAAGAUAGUGCUUACAAAAGAGGAACUAGACUUGUUAUUAGUGAAGCUGAAGAACAAGGGUACUGGUGGGAAGAGCUUAGAGGAAAUUUUGGGCGAAAUAGAGAAAGCAAGAUCUGAGAAACUUGACUCUUCAUGGAAACCUUCGUUGGAGAGUAUCAUGGAAGACGACGAUGUCAUUAAUUCAUGA